UCUUUAUUGUCCCAAUUAGUUGGGAUCCAUUUAAUAAUUUUAAUAAAUAUAAUCAUUUAUACUCUAUUAUUAUUGUAUAAUGUAUACUGUACAACAUUACUUUGUUUUCCCUGGAGUUUAAUUUAUAUGGACUCUAAAUGAGUCAAGUGGAAUGGAUUUUAGGAAGCAGCAGUGUGGAAGUCAAGGCUGUAGCUAAAACACGGAAUGGAGUUUCACUAAUUAGGCAUUUUUCAAGUGGAAUGGAUUUGACUGCUGCGCUCUGAAAAGUGAAUGACAUAUGCGCUAAAUAAGUGAAUGGGUCCAAUACCAUUUGUCUUAAAAAGUGGGUGGGUCCUGUCCCACCCCACCCCACCCACAUACAAUGGUUCCGACUCCCGUGUCAUCCACCCUAGUGCUUUUCAAUCAAAUAUUGCUUUUCAGUUGAAAUGUUUUAAGACAAAAUCUAAAGCGUUCGGAGCAAUAUCACACAUACUUUUAGUUUACUGUGGGAGGUUAGUGACAUCGCUAACUCUUGUUACCACAAGGUGCUGAUGUACGUGUUUAGAUCAAAGCGCUUCAGGUGCUUUAUUCAAUGAGGGGUGAUUUAAUGAAUAAACAAAACUUCUCUCUCGUCUUUGUGAUACAAGGGCAAGCGUAUUUGAUUUGCGAGACUAAUUUACAGCUCUUUCAGUCAGCCGUUGCCUGCUCUUGAAUAAUAGAUCUUUUAAUACUGGGACAGCUGAAUAAUUGACAGGACAGCAAUUUGUUUGUCACAUGUUUUUUGACAUCAGGCCAAUGCAAAGACAUGUUUCACCUUCAGGUUAUUUAUAAGGCUAAAAACCACAGAGGGGAGUAUAGGAGUAUUCUGCUGGUGUGAAUGCCCUGUGAUGCUAAAAACUACCUUUAUGAUGGGUUUGGUGAAGGACCGAUCAUUGGAGUUCUUAUGGGUUCCAUUAUUUCAUGUUUUUCAUCAAUUACUUUCCUAACUCAUUACGAUCUGUAUAGAAUUCUGUAGAUGUCUUUGUCAGUGUAUGAUGGUGAUGAUGAACUGCUUCGCAUUGUUGAGUAUACAAAUGUCAGUCCUUGUUUUAUUUGACACCACAUUUACCACGUCAUGAUGCACUUUUCACACCUUGGAGCCUUUAACACACUUUUUCAUUUUAACACACUUAUUCUUCACACAUAUCAGUUGGCGACAGUUUAAGUGUUGAUGUUUUAUUUAUCUUUCCAUUAACAUUUAACUAAUUACAAGUUAGUUAGCAUGCAAAAUCUUUUUAUCUCCAUGUUGCAUUCAUGGGGCUCUUUUAUAUUAGAUUAUUAUAGACAUAAUAUGAAAUAUGAAACACAUAACUACACUUUCUGCAGUGCAUGGAUAUAUUUAAACACUUGGUUGUAAAAUGGUUUGUUCAGAGUACUCCUUUUGAGUAUCGACAGAAAUAUCUUUGUUAACAGCAUAUUUAGGCUGUUUUAAUUCAAUAUGCACAAAAUGGACUAAUAUUAAAAUCGACUCUUCCUUCGAAUAAAACAAACAAAAAAAAUUUUUUUUCAGUAACUGAAAAAAAUCUUUAAUUCACGAUUCUUAUUGUACAUUGUGAAUUGAAGACAGAUAAAAGCAUUAAAACAUUGUUGACAGUGUUUUUAUGAUGCUUCAGUGCUAACAGCACAGACGUAUUGCUAUUCUGCCAAGUAACAGUCACUUUGAUUUUGUAGUUUGUAGCUUUAUUUUUCAAUACUGGCAUUCUGAAAUGCAAAUAUACAGUUGUUUAUUAUAAAGAGUACUCUCUUCCUUUUUCCUUUAAAAAGGUUUGUUUAAGGUCGCUGGUAGUCAUACCGAAAACUCUGCUUUUCUUCUCUCAUCUUGUAAUGACACCAGUGCUUGCAAACAGUGACUCUUGUCCAUACCAGAUAUCAUAUUUUCGAAGGCCCAGAAAUGAAUGAAAACUUGAAAUAAUAGAAGCACAGAUGAAUAAAAACUUGAAAUAUUGUGUCAUUAUAGCACCAGUGCCCUCCAUUAAUAUUGGCACCCUUGGUAAACAACUUUUUGCCGCAUGUCACAGCUAGUUCUUCGGUCUUAACCUUUACCUAAGAGAGUUUGGCCUAUGUGUUAGCUCAUAUUUAUAAUCCUAUGAAACAGGAAGUGGUUGAACAAUUUCCUGUUCCUAGUCACCAAGGUGUCCUUUAAAAAUAUUUUGCUCUUAUGAAUUCAUAAGGGUGCCAAUUGGGGUGCACACAUAAAGAGUGUAUGUUUUGAUAAAACUGUGUUGUGUUUGCAAUUAAAUUCUUUCAAUGAGAGCCAUUUUUUGCGAAAUAUUAAAAGAUUAAACAAUAAAGAUAUUUAUUCACAGCCGUCUUUGCUCAUACAUACCAAGGUGGCCAAUAUUAGUGGAGGGCACUGUAAUCUAUAUGAAAAUUUUAAUCUUGUUUUGUUUGACACAAUGUGAUGCAGAGCGGUUCACACCUUUAAGCCUUUUACACCUUUUGUUCACACAGAAUGCAUCAAAGACUACUUAAGUGUUAAUGUUUGUUUAUCUGUUGCAUUGGUUGGACAUGUAACUAUAAAUAAAGGCACAGCACACAACAUCAUCUCUUUAUCUGCAUGCUCCAUUCACGAGGCUUACGUUGUGAUAGACAUUCUGAAAAGCUCUUACAGCUGAAUAAUAAUACCACACGUCCAAACUCACAAUGAUCCCCGCAGUCCCCCUGUGCGUUUGGCUUCUACUGUCCCUUCCUUCUUUGACCAGCCCAGCGUGCUUUCGGGCCAAAGCAGCCCAAUGUCAAGAUGCGGAUUUUGUACCAGGGUCUGAUUUGGCUGGGGAAGGCUUCGACAUUACUAAAAUGAAACGUCUAGGGGCUUAUGCCAUUGACAUGAGCAAAUGGGAGCGUGAGAACAACACGUGUUACCUGUGCAAAAACCCGUUCAUGCAGGGCAAAAAGCAGAAGCUUCCAAUGGCGGUGGUUAACUGGCGGGCCAUCCAGAAAUGCCGUAUGUCAUUGUCCAGCACUGUUUAUGACUCCAGUGAGUCCCUGGUGAGUUCUAGCUCUUCCGCUGUAGAGAACGACUGGAAGGCUGGCCUGUCAGUAGGUGACUUUUCAAAGAGAGCAUCGGUGAUGGUGACGGGCACAAACUCCAAACUCGCUGAGUAUUCCAUGGCUAAGACCAAGCGGGACAAGUUCAGCUUCGUUAAACAGUCGGUGUCCUGUGAAAACUACAGCUAUAGGACCUCCAUCAAAUCUUCUGUUCAUCACGAAUUGAGUCAUGAAUUUUCAAGCCUCCCAGAGAUGUAUAACGAGCAAACCAAAACAAACUACUGGUCGCUUGUUGAAAAGUUUGGCACUCAUUACAUUACACAGGUCAAACUGGGUGGUGCUGUACAGUCCGUGACCAGUGUGAAAGAAUGCAUGGCUAGUCUAAAGGACAUUAGUGCAGAUGACGUCAAAACGUGUCUGGGUGUGGAGGCUUCCGCAAGUGUGGGGCCGGCCGGUGUAAGCGCUGCAUUCCGUCAGUGUAAACAGAUGAAAGACAAAAAGCUCAACCACCACAGUUUUGCUCAUGAAUUUAGUGACAGGUUAAUGACGAUCACCGGUGGUCAUACCGAAGACCCCUCUCUUCUCUUCUCAUCCCGUAAUGACCCCGGCACUUACAAACAGUGGCUCUUGUCUGUGCCAGAAAAACCAGAUAUUAUUUCCUAUUCAUUGGCGCCCCUUCAUUGGUUGCUGCCGGUCCGAAACCCAAAGCGAAAACAGUUACGCAGUGCCAUCAGUCACUACAUACUGCAGAGGGCCCUUUUGAAGAAAUGCUCUACCCAGUGCAAAAUCGGAGUCGCAAGAAACUCCAAGGAACCCUGUUCAUGCAGCUGCCAUCACAACCCAGCGGUGAAACCGAACUGUUGCCCUGCACAGCGUGGAUUUGCUCAGGUAACUGUGGUUGUGGACAGGGCAUCAGAUCUACAUGGAGAUUACUGGGAUGAGACUGAUGGCUAUGUCGUUCUUAAAAAUAACAAAAAAACUCUAGAUAGUACAGGAGUAAUAUGGAAUAAUAACUCUCCUAAAUGGCGCCGUUCCUUUAACCUUGGAGAGAGAAUUUUGUCAACGCUCAGUACGUUGAAACUAGAGGUAUGGGAUAAGGACAGCGGGUGGGACGAUGAUCUACUGGGGACGUGUUCGAUUACACUUAAAACUGGCAAGACACCUUUCUACUGUUCACUUAACCAUGGUGGACUGUUCUACAGCACUGCAGUAACUUGUGCUCCUGGUUUAUCUGGCACCUCGUGUUCUGAUUAUGUUGGCUUUCCAAUGUCCUCUUCUCUGGAGGAGAUGUACGUGUCACGACACGCACAGCCUAUUCCUAAAGAUGUGCUGGUGAAAAUGGGGGUGCUGUUGGAUGAGCGCCUUGUUUCAAUCGGUCAUCCUCUUAGAAAUGUAACCCCAAUUUUUGAAGGCCCAGGAGCAAAGCACAAAAAGUAUGAAAACCUGAAAUAAUGCACGUCCUUGGAGAAUAAAAAAAGCAUUUUUAUGUUUUGCAUCAGCAUUUGCAUCUUCUAAUAAGCAAUAAUUCACUUUUAAUUUUUACUUGUUUAGUCUGUUUUUCCUUACAUUUUUAUGAGACGUGUGAGCUUUAGUUAUAAUCAAAUGAAUGUUUUUACCAUUAUUUGCAUAUCAUUUUUUUGCAGUUAAUAAAAGAAC